AUGGAUAGGGCGGGUAUGAUGUACCGGUACAUGUGCUGUAGAAUGCUUCGUAGACUGCAGUUUGACAGAGUUCUGAAACCAACAAACACAGCCGUCACCUCGCUGCAAAAAGAGUUUUGUCAAAGGCCCUAUGGGGUAUGGUCUGCUUUGAAAGCAUAUCUAUAUCUGCAGAAGUCCUUGCUUCCACCACCUUAUGUGGAGCGAUUCUUUAACUCCGAGAGCACAUGCAAUGCAGUUGAGAAGAAUCUGGAUAUUUUCGGCGACACACACAAUACUAACGACAACUCUCCUCCCUUUGUUACUGGCACUCUGAAUGCGACUUGCGAUUUGUCUCUCAAACUCUAUGAGGCCAUGACUUGA